AUGGGAUGGCGCGCGUAUGGAGUGGAACAGGGCUCUAGGCGGAGUGCAUUGGAUGUUGUGGCCAAGCAGCUCGAGGAGAUUGAGGCCGCUGGAACCUGGAAGACGGAGCGUGUCAUUACCUCCACACAGGCCGCUUCCAUUAACGUGGCCAACCGCUCAGAGCCCGUCCUCAACUUUUGUGCCAACAACUACCUUGGCCUGGCCAAUAACCCAGAGGUCAUUGCCGCUGGCAAGGCUGCCAUGGACACCCACGGCAACGGUCUGGCCUCGGUCCGCUUCAUCUGCGGCACACAGGACAUUCACAAGAACCUCGAGGGUCUCGUUGCUGAAUUCCAUGAAAUGGAGGAUACCAUCCUAUACGCCUCCUGCUUUGAUGCCAACGCGGCCAUCUUCGAGACCCUCUUGUCCCCAGAGGACGCCGUUUUCUCCGAUGAGCUCAACCAUGCAUCCAUCAUCGACGGCAUUCGCCUCUGCAAGGCACAAAAGGCCCGUUUCCGCCACCGUGACAUGGGCCAUCUGCGUGAGCAACUCCAGGAAAAGAAGGAUGCUCGCAUCAAGCUCAUUGUGACAGACGGUGUCUUUUCGAUGGACGGAAACAUUGCCCCCCUAUGUGAGAUUUGCGACCUGGCCGACGAGUUUGACGCCCUCGUCAUGAUUGAUGAAUGCCACGCAACCGGCUUCCUCGGCCAGCGCGGUCGCGGUACGGAUGAGCUACUGGGCGUCAAGGGUCGCGUAGACAUUAUCAACUCUACCAUGGGCAAGGCGCUGGGCGGUGCCAUGGGUGGCUACACGACCGGCCCCAAGGAAGUGGUUGCUCUGCUGCGCCAAAAGGCUCGCCCAUACCUCUUCAGCAACACCCUGCCACCGGCCGUGGUGGGCGCCACCACCAAGGUCUUUGAGCUCCUCAUGAGCAACUCGGAUCUGGUUGAAAAGGUGCAAGCCAACACCCAACGCUUCCGAAAGGGCAUGGAGGCGGCUGGAUUCGUGGUGGGCGGUGAUCCCGAGCACCCCAUCUGCCCCAUCAUGUUGGGGGAUGCGCGCCUUGCCUCGCAGUUUGCCGAUGAAAUGCUCAAGGAGAACAUUUACGUUAUUGGCUUUUCCUUCCCGGUGGUGCCCAAGGGCAAGGCCCGCAUUCGUACCCAGAUUUCUGCGGCCCACAGCGAAGCAGAUAUCGACCGGGCCAUCCAGGCGUUCCGGGCUGUCGCCGACCGGCUCAACUUUGACCCGGCCAACGUGAAGCUGGACUAA